AUGGGUCUCAAGGAGGAAAUCAGUGUGCUUCAUUCCAUGCUGCCAAUGCGCAUGCUUCUUUUCCUUCUGCCAACGCAGCAGAAUCAUCUACAGCCAGCCACCCCGCUUCAAUGUCAGCUACAACAUCUCAAUCUCCACCCAGACUUAAUCACAUUUUGUCCCAUCACUGUCCCUCAUGUUGAAGGCCUUCAUGAGGGCAUUGAGUUUGCCUCUGAGGUCUCGACAGCUUUGAUCCAUUUGUUUUGUGUUGCUGUGGAUCAAAACUGUGACCAAAUCCAAGUAAUCCUAAAAGCCAGCGUCCUCGACCAUAAGAUCGACAUGAUUUUCUACUGCUUAGUUCAUUGGGUACCAGAAUUCACAAGGAAACUUGGGGUUGGGAUCAAAUCUAUUUACUACAUCACUACAGCUGCAGCUGUGCAUGUGUUCUCUAUUGUGCCCGCACAAAAUUACAGCCUUAGCCGUACUGGUAUUAUUAUCGAGGAACAACUACGCGACCUACCUCCUGGAUACCAAUCACAUAAUGUGGUGCUGCUUCCUGGUUGUGAAAUUCGCUCCAUGUUAGUGUUAUGGAAGCCAUUUGGAUUAGGUGGGCUCACACUUUACUAG